AUGGGGAAAGAUCACGAUUUAAAUUGUACCCAAAAUAUUGUACAUCCAGAAUGGGAAAUAUUAGACCCGACACCCGAUAUUUAUGCGCUUUUCCCGCUAUUCGAUCGAAAAUUUUUUCAAGAAAGAUUGUCGUGUGUCCAACUGGAGUGGAGUAAAAAAAUGUACAAUUGUGCCGGAAUUUGUUACCAACGUUCGAACCGUUUGGGUAAGAGCUGUAUUAUAAGACUUAGUGAACCGUUACUAAAACUACGGACUCGAAAGAAUUUGAUUGAAACACUCCUUCAUGAAAUGAUUCACGCGUACUGCUUUGUACUUGGAAUUCGUGAAGGAAAUGGAGGACAUGGUCCAACGUUCAAAAAAAUUAUGAAUGGAAUCAACAAAAUUGCAGGCACAAACAUAACGGUAUAUCAUACUUUUCAUGAUGAAGUAAAUCUUUACAAAACGCAUUGGUGGAAAUGUAACGGACCAUGCCAACAUAAGCCCCCUUUUUAUGGGGUAGUGAAACGUACUAGCAAUCGAAAACCAGGUACAUAUGACUUUUGGUGGCAAGAACAUCAGCGCACAUGUGGAGGUGAAUUUAUAAAGGUGAAGGAACCCUCCCCCAAAAGGAAAUUACCCAGAAGUAAAAAUAAAGAAAACGUAAUGGGGUCUCAGUCUUCUAAUCAAGAGCGCUCUCAGGAUAGCAAGAAAACUACCUCUACCAAGCAACAGAAAAAUGUGAUUUCAAACUAUUUCAACAAUUCCUCCAGUGAAAACGAAGGAACGGCAGUUUUGCCCACUGCACGUACCGUUCCGCCAAAAAAUAAAACGUAUACUCCCGCAGCCAAACCUAAUUUCGGUGGUGGUACAUUAGUAAUUCAAAAACCUCCUGCAGCAAAAGCAUCUGCCGUGACACCAAAAUCUGAAAUCCCUACAGCACCGGCUCAUUCACUCUUAAGAGGCAAUCUGCCGAACGUUAAACAGCUUAGAGAUUUAGCCAGUGACGAACAUAAUUGUCCAACACAGCCUCUGUUUUCUGGAAGGGCCUUUGUUUUAGGAUCUGGAUCCUCUGGAAACUCUGGAGAAAGAAGAAGUCGACUAUUAGACAAAUUUCCUGAUACUAGUUCACGCCCGUCGGCUUCAAAAAAACGCCGUGUGGAACAGCUACCUAGUACCAGCUCGAAUCGUGAGCUAGAAGCAGUAAUGCUUUCGGAUGACUCGGAUUACAUAUUUGACGAGAUUGAUUUGAAAGAGGUGGAAAAAACUGUUGCUAAUAUUAAAAAAGAAAGGCAGGAUGCGAUUAAGAAAGAAAUUAUUGAAUCAUCCCUCAACGAAGAGAAUGAUGAAAUAUUUUUAAUUGAUGAUGAUUUUGAUGAUGAACUAGCUGAUGAAGAGCUUUCUUCAAUCGAUGAUUCUAUUCUGGAUCGGUCAGUAAUUGAUGAUUUGUUCAAUGAUAGAGACGAUUUAAUGGAUGAUUUCAAUCGAACUAACGCGAGGAUAACGAUAGAGAAUUCCGACGAUGAAAUCGUCUCUUGUCCGAUAUGCUUGCAAAAAAUGUCCCGUGCCAAAAGCAGUGACCAUUUCGAAGUAUGCUUCGCACAAACUGAAACGAAAACCAGUGGUACUAGUGUUCAAUUAGUAGCGUCCAGCGACCUGAGCCAACCAUCUACGUCCAAAGGUACACCAGUAUCCAAGAAAAAAACUGCUGCUUCAGAUGUCGUGACGGCUCAGCAACAACUUCUGCGAAGUUGUGGCUACGGAGAAGAUGAGAUAUCAAAGGUGUUGGAGGAUACUACUUCACAGGACAUUGCUGCUCCAAACAUGGCAACACUUAAGCAAAACGUUUUACGGGAGUGUGGUUAUACGGAAACCGACAUCAUACGAGCACUUGAUGAUGGUUCGGACGACGAUGAUGUCCAGCUUGUUUCUAUAGAUGACUACUGUUCGUGUCCAAUAUGUAGUAAAGUAGUAUCUAUGAGUUCAAUCAAUCAACAUCUCGAUCAAUGCGUAACUAAAUAAAGUGAUAGAUUUAAA